ACAUCAACAUAUUCUCACGAAGUCUAAAAAUCGACACACAAAGUAAUGUGCAGAAAAGCAAUUUAUACUACUAUGUUGCGCACUACGAGCUAAGCGAGUGGUGACUAUAAAUAAAUCUGUUGCAUGUUUGAAGAUAAGAGCGUUGCUACAAAAUUUGGGAUUGAUUAUGGAAUGCAUGGAUAUAUCUAUUGAAAACGAUCUUUCGGGAAAUGGAUCUGCCAUGAACGUUGACGAAAUAAUGAGCGUUUCUCUAUUACCCGAUAAUAAUUACUUCAAUCGGAUCGACGACUCGAUUGGUGAAGUUUCAAACGAAGGAAAUGUUUCGAGACGAGAAGUGACUAGAGUGCUAAAUGCUAGUUAUCACAAUAACACUGAAUGUUUUGAUGGAAAGGAAAAUCGGAUUAAUGAUAAUUGUAACGAAACAUUGUUGGAAUUUCCUUCUGCUACAAAGGAACAAAGCCUGGAGAAGUUUCCGUCAUCAUCGUUCGAGGCAACCCAUAACAAUACUUCCAACGCGCCCUUUUCAGAAGAAGAGCUGUUCACACCCGCUGAUAACUAUAUCUUUUCUUCGGCCGAUUUCGAUUGUUUAUUGUCCAGAGGAUCUACACCGGCGACGGCUGCAUUAGCAUCGACAACACCGCACACUUCAUUGGAAUUGCCAAGAAAUUCCGUGCUGACCAUCUUUGACCCUCUUUUGCGGAGACAAAUCAGCGUACCGGCAGAAAACAGUUUUACAGAUAGUGUUGAAACAUCGUCUGCUUCUAUUGCGUUACCAGAAUUUGCACAAAAGCAGCAAGGUCACACACCAUUCGUUGAUGUAUUGCCUACAUCACUGAAUACAAAUGUCGAAAAGAUUAUUGAUCAACACAAUGAGCAUUGUUUUCAGGAUACUACACCACAGGUUCCUUCAUGCUUAAAAAAACAAAAAUGUGCGAAUGAUCUGGAGAAAACAGAAUUUCAAAUCGACGAAACAAACUUUGAAAAAUUGUCUAAAAAGUGCGCGAUAAACAAAUCAGUUAAUGAACCGGAGGACAUUCUUGUGAAUUUAGAUUUCAAACAUAUGAAUGACACGGUUUCGAUAAGAAAUACCAGUGCACAACAUCCACCGAUUUCUGAUACGCUACAACAAAGAGGCGGUGACGAGCUAGAAAACAUUCUCCAAGCCCCGUCAUUUUCCGAUUCUAACGAAAAGACAGUUCUAGACAACUCACAUGCCCUUGAGCAAAUAAACAGCGACGUAGUGGCCAAUAUUCUGGGGCAAGGUGUCGUAGGUGUCAGAGAAGAGCAAGAAGACAAGCUUCGACGCCCUACAACAUCCAACGCACUCCUGAAGGAAAGCUGUCUGGAAACAAGUAAGAUUUCGCAGUCUGAACUGCCUAAACCGCAUCAGCGAAGUGACACGACUAGUGUCGCUCUGCCUAAUUCUCUGGAACCGUGUGAGUCUAGAGGUGAGCGUAACCACAUUGAUGAUCAACAGACAUUGAGUCGGGAAUCUGCUGAAAAUCAACUAAAAUACUUCGAAACUGUUUCUAGUUUCAUUGACUUUCCAAACUUUUGUGGACAGGGAAGCAAUGAUUUGAUUUGUACGAGUCACACAUUUGCCGAGCCAAUACAAGAAAUAAGAAACAAUAAAACAGAUACUAUGAGCGACGAUCAAAUGGUUCAAAACGAGAACGACGCUGGUGACAUUGAGAAAAAUCCUAAAACUGACAACCAUGUGGCAGAAAUGGAGAAAAAAAUGCACGACGUUGAGCUAAGGGAAGAGAGUAUGCUCAAAAGGAUCACUGAAAAAGAUAAAACGAUUUGCAAAAUGAGCAAUGUAGUCGAGGCAUACGAACGUACCAUCGCGGAAUUGAUUUCAGAAAAGGAGACUCUAAUUCGAACCCACGAACUGGAAUGUGAAAGCCUAAAACAGGAUAAUGAUAUAAAUACACAGCACAUGGAAUCUCUUGAAAAAACAUUCUCCAAUUUGUACGCUAAGUAUGAGCGAAUGAAGAAAAACGCUAUUGAGUAUAAGGAACGGGAAGAGAAGCUGUUGAACAAAGUCAUGAAGUUAGAAGAAUGUUUAAGAGCCCAGGAACAACGAUACGAAAAGAUGAAAAGUCACGCUAUGAGUCAACUAGAGAUUGCCAAUACCAAAAUAGACGAAGCAAAUCGCAAUCAUUCCCAGGAAUCGGCCAAACUAAAGGCACUGAUAAAAAAAGAGGAACUUUACCGAAUUUCGAUCAAUGAACAAUUAAUUCAAAAGUCGAAGGAGAAUGAAGAAUUAGUUAAAAUAUGCGAUGAGCUCAUCAGCGAUACGAAUUGAGUUUAUUGUGAUUGUCCAUUGCACUUUCUAUACACAAUUUUCUCUAUCGUUUUUGAUAUUAUAAUUGAAACCCUUUAUUAGUUGCUUGUAGAGAAAUAUUUCUCAUUUUGCGCCACGUAUGUCAAAAAGAAUGUGUGCGCAUGAGAUAAACUAUCUUCUGAGUGUUCUCUAUUCAUAAUUCAUGCUUAUUGUCAUAUGUACCCAACAAAUUUACUUAUUCUGAGGCUUUUUUUAUAAGAACCUGUCGUAGUUCGUGUGAGCCAUAUAUCUUUUCAUACUUUCUCAUUACAACAAGACAUGUUAUCCGAAACCGUAAUCUCACAUAGAUUGGAGGACAUUACAAAUGUUGGAUCUUUUAGCGAUACCGAUAAUAUCAUGGAAUAAAUUCGUAUGAAGAAAUGCUUUGAUGUAUAGAUAACUGUAACCAUACAUUCUGCAAAUACACCGUGCAAUUUGAUUUACUAAGGACUGUA